AUGUACAUCCAGUUAAAUGCUUCAACUGCGGCGGUAAUCAUACUGCAAGCUAUAAGGGCUGUAUCGUAUACCAGCAGACAAGGCAUUGAGCCCUCGCUAUCUUACGGGUACGUCGCCGGGGGAUCUCGCCAAACACAACAGGCUAGCCCUCAGCAAUUUACAAGCCAACAGCAGCUGCAACAAUUCCCACCACUAGGAAGUAGGUACCGGAAGCAGAACCAACAAAGUCAACGUAGGGAAAACAACCGUCAACCCCAACAACCAAUGCUGGACACAAUCCCAAGGCCAGAGCAACAUCCAGGAACCCAGCAACAGCAACAACCGCAACAGCAAAAUCUAUCCCAGCAACUGCGUAAUAUCCAGAAUAAUCAGCAAUGGCAGCGGCAAGAAGAAAUGUUCAUGCGAUCUGAUGAAAAAAUGUCAGUUCUCGUAACACAACUAGAAAAGAUGUUCCAGAUGAUGAUGUCAAUGAUGACUCUCGUCACUAGCCUUUUAUCACAAAACGCGCCAGGAUCUACUCAACCAAGUUCUGGACGUCUCCCAGUUUAUCCAAUCCAACCAUGA